AUGAACCGAGUGCAAGACAAGUCCCAGUCUUCCCCUAAACACAAAGAUGAGAAGAAGAGCACAGAAGACAGCCAGAAGAGCAAUGCUGAGGGCAAUCUGGAGGACGACGUCAUUGAGGGCAAGAGAGGAGAGGCUGCCAAGCCAGGGCUGGGCUGUCACCCACUGGACUUGGGGGGCCUCUGUCAGAGUGAAUCACAUAGAGUUUGGGAGUGUGCAGUCAGGGAGCUCUUCGACAAGACCUUCACAGUCACCAACCGCAGCAAGGAGGAGGUGAUGCGGUUUGAGUGGCUGCUGGCAGACGCCCCGUUCCAGUUCUCCCCCAAGGUGGGACACCUCCAGCCUGGCUGUGCCAAGGAUAUCAGAGUGACCUUGAAAUCCAAGGUCCCGGUCACCGUCAAAAGGCACUCUGUGAACUGUAAGGUGGCCAAGAUCAAAUACCAGCUGCCACCAGGGGAGGUUUACGACUGGGACGACAGAAUGCGCACUGAGAAGUGGGAGGAUACCACCGAGAGACUCCCGGGAGCCCGCUGGCCUUUGAAGCGGAGGGUGGUCAAGGCAGUCCCGGAACCACCUCACACCAUCCUGGAGAAGAGCAGCCACGAGGUCGAGCUUGUCCUCAGUGCUCAGGCUGACUACGCCGAGUUCAAACUGGACACGAUCGAGGUUCAACUGAAGCAGACUGAGCUCUUCCAGACAGAGAUAAGCACUUUCUGGAUGUCCAAUACAGGGAAUGUAGCCCUGAAAUACUGCUGGCAGGAGAAUCUGGAGGAGGAAAUACCAUCAAAGAGUUCUGGGAGGUCGUUCUCGUCCACUCAGACGUGUGAUUUCUUGUCCUCUACUGCUGAGGAUCUCUGGGAAAGGAAUCGUGCAAGGCUGGUGCAGCAGGCAUCGCCACUCGAGCCAACUCAGCCCCAGCCAACUCAGCCCCAGCCAAGUCUGCACCUUAGCUCCUCCCUGGAAUUUUCUCCGAUUCCCGUCAAUGACUCCCCGCUGUUCUCCAUCGAGCCCCACUGCGGUACCAUCCCUGCUGGCCAGAAUCAGAUUUUCCGUGUGAAAUUCUUCCCGACGCGUGUGGGGGAAUUUAAGGCCGAAAUGCUGUGCAGACUUCUUAACCUGAAGCCGUCUCAGAAGAGCCCACGGGUGUUUGUGAUGGGGAAAGGCUGUUUGCUGAAGGCUGAUCUGAAACGCUUUCCAUCACUGCAAAAAGGUGAAACCCAGAGCAGCAAACCCAAGAAGAAGGUGCAGCGGUCAGCAAAACUAGAGUGACACCAUUUGUGCCAUGGCUUCUCCUGCUCGUGGUUUCCCAGCCUUCAGCAGAGACCUCCCCAGCUACUCUUCAAGCCCCAACACCCACCUCUACCUCAUCCAUGUACUACCUAAUAAACUGUGUCUCAACACAC